CGGGGCGAGCCCUGUCAGACUCUGUGAUGAAAUAAAAAUGCGUAAAAAGAGAAUUUACAUUGACGGAGCAUCAUAAAUACCGUUUAACUCGUGGACCUGCUUACAUUCUCUCCUCAGCUCUGCACAUGAGUAGUUCAAGGCCGCUCCUGCACUUUUGAUGCAAACAAGUUUUUUUACGCUGAGACGUCAUGUUGGAUACAUUUGGGUCGCAAAGCGCAGUUGUGCACGUCUCCAGCGCGGAGCUCCAUCUCAAACUGACCGACAACAAGAGCAGCCUGGCCGGGAUGGGGAUGGAGAACGGCACUGGGAAGAAACUCAUAGAGAUAACUGGACCGGCGUUAUCCAAAAGAAAACUUCUGGUGGGAUUAGACCUCCUCUGCCUCUUCCUGGCUUCCAUCCCUUUCUUUGCGUGUGAGCUGAAGGCAGUGAGUCCUUACAGGAGGGGCUUCAUGUGCGGGGACCCCAGCAUCACGUAUCCUUAUCUGCAUCGAGAGGCCAUACCUGACGAAUUACUCAUCGCCGGUGGCAUCAUCAUCACCGGCCUCACUAUCGCUCUCGGGGAGUGUUACCGGGUUCGUUUCAGUGGCAUCAGCUCUAAGGCCUUCGUGAGGAACCUGUAUGUGUCCUGUCUCUACAAGGAGCUGGGCGGCUUCCUGUUUGGCUGCUUCGUCGGACAGUCUCUGACCAACAUGGCCAAGCUGAGUGUCGGGCGGCUGCGACCGCACUUCCUGUCUGUGUGCGGUGUCACCUAUGCGUCGCUUAACUGCACACCUGGAACCUACGUUGCAACAGUGAACUGCCGCCAGCCUGACCACCGGUUGGAGGAGGAGGCCAGGAAGUCUUUCUUCUCUGGCCAUGCUUCCUUUGCGAUGUACACAAUGCUCUAUUUAGCAUUUUACCUGCAGGCGAGGUUGACAUGGCGCGGUGCUCGGCUGCUGAGGCCGGCGCUGCAGUUCUUCCUGGUUCUGCUGGCGGUCUACACAGGUCUGACCCGCAUCUCAGACUUCAGGCACCACCCGUCCGACGUGCUCACAGGCUACAUACAGGGCGCCCUGACUGCUUACUGGGUGGCAUUCCAUAUCUCGUCCAUGUUUAAAAGCUCCAGUUCAUGUCUGUCUCCGACUGACACCCUGGACAGCCCGUUGUCGCCCCUCCACACUGUCUGCUAAACCUCACCUCUACCAACCCCUGCCACCUGCUGCCUGUAGUCUAGAGUGGACAGACAAGAAAUAUGAAGAAUGUGAGACAAUUUCCUGUGAAGUCAAACCACAUACCUCAGUAUUGGAGCAUUGAGAUACAGGGAGAUACUGAAUGUGACUGAACGUGAAAUAGGAGAGAGGAAAAGGGAGGGUGCUAAAAACGAGUGUAAGCAGCCAGAGCACCUGACCUUUUGACCUUGUGACGGACCUUAGUUCCAUGUGUACAUUCACCUGUGAGAAAAGAAGACUGAAUCCUGAAUACACAGCAACCACUUCCCACUCUAUACGUCACCUGUAAAUAUAUACAUAUUUUGUACAACGAAUGAUACUGUAAAAGCACUUUUUGCCCUAUACUGAAAAAGUUAAAUGUUGACUUUAAUUAAAUGUAUUAUGUCAACAGAUUUCACUUAACCGUAUAAGGUUAGUUGAGAGCAAUAAUAUUACGUUUAAAGUAAAAAUAUUAUUGCUUUCAACUAACCUAAUACGGUUAAGUGAAAUCUGUUGACAUAAUACAUUUAAUUAAAGUCAACCUUUCAGUUUUUUCAGUGUAGUAUUAAUAACCACGUAGUAUUGAUAUGGAAUGUAGGAUGUAAUACAUUUUGUACAAACAUGUAAUGUUUAUUUUACUGUAGUUGUUUACUACUUUUUUCUUUUUUACAUGAACCCGGUGAAUGUAAUGGUGUUUGAGUAAAGCACAUAUAGCGAGAAGGCAACUCAUCCUCCUAAUGUUGUACCAUUUAGAUGUGGUAUGCUGCGUCCGUCCUUUGUGAGCAGUCUGUUUAAUAACAAAAUAGACAGUGAACAUUUCUACACAAUAGAUAUAAUCCAUGUAUGUAAAGUAUGGACGCUAUAGCUCUCAGAUUUUUUGAAAUGCUAAUGUAUGUUGCUAAACUACUUACCACUCCAAGAGCACACAGAUCAUUUAAUAAAAAUGAGAUUUUUUUAAAGAAA